AUGAUGAUUCUGGUGGGCCUCAUCCCGCCUCGCAAAGUGGCGUGGUCGGUGACGGACAGCAGCAUAAGCAAGAGCCAUGAGGAGUCGUCGGUCCCGACGUGGAGCGUGCCGAUCAUCGGGCUCGCACUGCUUGGCUGUGUCUUUGCAACGGUGCAGUUGCGUGCUCAGGCACCGCUCUCGCGAUCGACGCUCAGCGCGCAACUGGCGUACGGCGUGGUCACACUUGGGCUGGUGCUUGGCGCGACCGGCAUUGUUACGGCGCUGAUGAAGGCAGGAGUGGGGCGGCUGCGGCCGCACUUUCUGGCGGUGUGCAGGCCGGAGCAGGCGUCCAACGCCACGGACGCCCCGUGGAUCUGCACUGGCGAUUCCGCCAAGAUCGCCGAAGCGCGCCGGUCGUUUCCGUCGGGCCACACCUCGGUCAUGUUUGCAGGCUCAGUGACAGCGUCGGCAUUUGUGAUCGCGGCGCUCGGGCCGGACCUUGCUGUCGCCGCCGCGCUCCUUCCAAUUCCUGUCGCCGUUGUGGUCGGCAUGUCACGGAUCUGGGACCAUGCUCAUUAUCCGACCGAUGUUGUCGGUGGUGCAAUCCUUGGGAGUGUUGUGGCGGUUGUCGGGGUGGCGCUGCGGUUCCGGUUUGCGACGGCGCGCGAGCACGCCUUGCUAUUCCCGCGUCGGCAUAGGACUGGCACCCCCCGUAAAAAGGGCUACUGUCGAGAGGCCACUUAGAGAGAGA